CCGAAAGUACCCGCACAACACCUUGAUUGCGAAAGAGUAUCACACGAUCUGUUAUUCACGUAUAGGUGCAGUGCAAUAGCAGUGGGUAUGCUACAAUGGUCAGUAGAGCAGUGCUCUACGUGACCAUCAAACUUAACCGAGAUACUCCGGUACCGGACACAUCGAGUCACGGUCGGAGGGUUCCGAGAGUAUCCUGAGGCGUCGACCCGUCAGACAACAGGAGGGACAUGACAUCUGGUGAAUUUGGGCGACCGCAGCAGCCCAAUGCACUGCACCUCAUCUCUUUCUCUCGCCCGACACCCUAGUCCUCAAUACCUUCCACAUAGCGCUAACGAUGGCUGCACUUGCAAAUGAUUACGACUAUAUUUUCAAGGUUGUCAUUAUUGGAGACUCUGGAGUGGGAAAAUCGAAUCGUGAGUCCGAGCCAUUAUCUAGCCCGUUGGACGCAUGUGCAACCAACACAGUCCUCUCCCGCUUUGCGCGCGACGUAUUCGCCUACGACUCGAAAUCCACCAUCGGCGUCGACUUCACGACGCACGCCAUGCUCAUCCCGCCGCACAGAGUGGCGACCCAGCUGUGGGACACCGCGGGGCAGGAGAAGUACCGCGUCAUCACGGCCGUGUACUUCCGCGCCGCGGCCGGCGCGCUGCUCGUCUACGACAUCACGAGCCGCGCGUCAUUUUCCGCGGUCGAGCGGUGGCUCGGCGAGGUGCGCGACUAUGCGGACGCCGGCGCAGUGGUCAUGCUGGUUGGGAACAAGACCGAUCUGGCGCAUCUCAGGGCCGUUUCGACAGAGGAGGGGCGGAUGUUCGCAGAAAAACACAGCCUACUGUUUCUCGAGACGUCAGCCCUGGAUGCUUCUAACGUCGAGAGCGCGUUCAAGAUGGUUAUCACAGGUGCAGCCUUGAUUUAUCUUAAGAGCUGUGAUCUUUUAGCUGAUCCACGCGCAGAGAUACACAGCAUUGCUGCCUCGAAAUCGUUGGAACAGGCAGAUGACGAUGGGACACGACCUGGCAGGGGCACCGUCGUGGAUCCAACUCGGGACCAGAGGCUAGCGACAAAAAGCCGAUGCUGCUAG